AUGGUGCUGGUGGACCCAAGCGCUGCAGAUGCUCUGCUGUUGUCCUCAGGAGGACCUAAAGGUCACGAGGCGAUGAAAAAGUUCUGUCACUCCGACCCUCCAAGCUUCGUCACUGUGGUUGAAGGAAUUCCUGCAGCCCUCGAACGCCUCCUCGCCGUGGGACAUGAGGAGGCCCCGUCCCCUCCGUCAUCCCGUCAUUCUGGAGGAUACACCCAGGGCCCCCCUACAGACAACCAGGGCCCCCCUACAGACACCCAGGGCCCCCCUACAGACACCCAGGGCCCCCCCUACAGACACCCAGGGCCCCCCCUACAGACAACCAGGGCCCCCCCUACAGACAACCAGGGCCCCCCUACAGACACCCAGGGCCCCUCUACAGACACCCAGGGCCCCCCCUACAGACACCCAGGGCCCCCCUACAGACAACCAGGGCCCCCCUACAGACACCCAGGGCCCCCCUACAGACACCCAGGGCCCCCCCUACAGACACCCAGGGCCCCCCCUACAGACAACCAGGGCCCCCCCUACAGACAACCAGGGCCCCCUACAGACACCCAGGGCCCCUCUACAGACACCCAGGGCCCCCCUACAGACACCCAGGGCCCCACUACAGACACCAGGGCCCCUCUACAGACACCCAGGGCCCCGCUACAGACACCCAGGGCCCCCCUACAGACACCCAGGGCCCCCCUACAGACACCCAGGGCCCCACUACAGACACCAGGGCCCCUCUACAGACACCAGGCCCCCUCUACAGACACCCAGGGCCCCCCUACAGACACCCAGGGCCCCUCUACAGACACCAGGACCCCCCUACAGACACCCAGGGCCCCCCUACAGACACCAGGGCCCCCCUACAGACACCCAGGGCCCCUCUACAGACACCAGGGCCCCCCUACAGACACCAGGGCCCCCCUACAGACACCCAGGGCCCCCCUACAGACACCAGGGCCCCCUACAGACACCCAGGGCCCCCUACAGACACCAGGGCCCCCCUACAGACACCAGGGCCCCCCUACAGACACCCAGGGCCCCUCUACAGACACCAGGCCCCCUCUACAGACACCCAGGGCCCCCCUACAGACACCCAGGGACCCUCUACAGACACCAGGGCCCCUCUACAGACACCCAGGGCCCCCCGACAGACACCCAGGGCCCCUCUACAGACACCCAGGGCCCCCCUACAGACACCCAGGGCCCCUCUACAGACACCAGGCCCCCUCUACAGACACCGAGGGCCCCCCUACAGACACCCAGGGCCCCUCUACAGACACCAGGGCCCCCCUACAGACACCCAGGGCCCCCCUACAGACACCCAGGGCCCCCCUACAGACACCAGGACCCCCCUACAGACACCAGGGCCCCUCUACAGACACCAGGGCCCCCCUACAGACAACCAGGGCCCCCCUACAGACACCCAGGGCCCCCCUACAGACACCAGGACCCCCCUACAGACACCAGGGCCCCCCUACAGACACCCAGGGCCCCUCUACAGACACCCAGGGCCCCCCUACAGACACCCAGGGCCCCCCUACAGACACCCAGGGCCCCCCUACAGACAUCCAGGGCCCCCCUACAGACACCCAGGGCCCCCCUACAGACACCCAGGGCCCCCCUACAGACAUCCAGGGCCCCCCUACAGACACCCAGGGCCCCUCUACAGACACCCAGGGCCCCCCUACAGACAUCCAGGACCCCCCUACAGACACCCAGGGCCCCUCUACAGACAUCCAGGGCCCCCCUACAGACAUCCAGGGCCCCCCUACAGACACCCAGGACCCCUCUACAGACAUCCAGGGCCCCCCUACAGACACCCAGGGCCCCCCUACAGACACCAGGGCCCCUCUACAGACACCAGGGCCCCCCUACAGACACCCAGGGCCCCCCUACAGACACCAGGGCCCCUCUACAGACACCAGGGCCCCUCUACAGACACCAGGGCCCCUCUACAGACACCAGGGCCCCUCUACAGACACCAGGGCCCCCCUACAGACACCAGGGCCCCUCUACAGACACCCAGGGCCCCCUACAGACACCAGGGCCCCUCUACAGACACCAGGACCCCCCUACAGACACCCAGGGCCCCCCUACAGACACCAGGGCCCCCCUACAGACACCCAGGGCCCCUCUACAGACACCCAGGGCCCCCCUACAGACACCAGGCCCCCUCUACAGACACCCAGGGCCCCUCUACAGACACCCAGGGCCCCCCUACAGACACCCAGGGCCCCCCUACAGACACCAGGGCCCCUCUACAGACACCAGGGCCCCCCUACAGACACCCAGGGCCCCCCUACAGACACCCAGGGCCCCCCUACAGACACCAGGGCCCCCCUACAGACACCAGGGCCCCCCUACAGACACCCAGGGCCCCCCUACAGACACCCAGGGCCCCCCUACAGACACCAGGGCCCCCCUACAGACACCAGGGCCCCCCUACAGACACCCAGGGCCACCACAGGGCACUCAGCCUUCACCUCCUCUGGAUAUCAUCGACCUGCUCGGUCAAUCCAGACUCCGCCAGUUGUGAAAACCAUCGUGAUGAAGCAGCCGGAGUCAAGGAACGACAGGGACGUGCAGCGCUUCCUGCUCGGAACUUCACAAUAA